AUAUGUGAUCUCUGUUGGCUGGGACAGACAUAUCAACAUAUACUAUGAUAAUCAUAGCGAUAGUAACAUAUUUCACAUACAGCAUCCUACACCAUAUUGGCAUGAUGAUAUUCAUGAUGGACACAAAGAGGAUGUGCUUGCUGUGGCUCAGUGCUUGCCCAAUCUGCUGGCCACUGCCAGUUAUGAUGGAGAGGUGAUUGUGUGGAACUUAGUUUCGGGGCAUAUCUUCUGUCACCUCAACCCUCCUGCUCCUCCAGGUUACAGAGAUGAGUCAUUGGAUGGUGACCUUGGAAUUGACAAACUGAUUUUCUUAAACACAAGAGCAUAUCAAAAGGAUGCAGGAACAUUAGUUGCCAGUGGACCUCGAGGGUAUAUUCACUUCUGGAAUGUGUUUCAGGGUGGCUGUCUUCUGACUCAGUUUCCAGGGUCUAAAGCAAAAGGUGGCAUGGUUACCUAUGUUCUGAGCAACACAGACAACACCAGGUUGUACUCCAGUGACAGUGUUGGCUUCAUCUAUGCAUGGGACAUUGGCUCCUACUGCCUCACUGGGCCAGAAAUACACUCUCCAAAAU